UCCAUCUACCCGGUGUACCAAUUGCUUCUCUUUCCUUCCGUUUGUCUCCCCUGUGUGAACUCAAGCUGGGAAGAAGAAGCAUCGGAAGCUGAGACGUCCGGCGAUGUCGAGACCUCUAGGUGCGCUCCCAUUCAUCGGGCCUCCAGGCACAUUCCGUCGACGGAUCUCGUCGCUCCGUAGCCUUGAGUUAGAGGUGUGGAGCUUCGACCAAGACGAGGACGACCGAGCCUCUGUUCCUUCGUCGUCGGCCAGUUUCCGGCAACCACGGCCCCUUGCAAAUCAGGCCGGCGGUGGCCUGGGUGGUCUCGCGAGAAGGAAGGCCUCUAUCGGAGUAAGCUCUGGUAACAGUCCCCGCGGCGACAACAAGGGGGAUGAGGCCGGCCUCACCUCCGUUCCUCCGCCACAGACCAUCCCACCAUCCGCGUCUGCGGCGAGGUGGAUGGGUGAAGGUGCUCGUAACGGUCCAAGUCUCACUCCCCCAAGCGCGUCGCCUCGUCCAUGGGCAGAAGCAGCAAUGGGCUGCUGUGGGCAAUCUCGUGAGCGGCAGUCUGCAAUCAUCAGCGUCGUCCGCAAGAAAGCUGUCAGGCAACAGCUCGUGGACUCAGCAUCAUGCCCGGACACAGGACUAGACAAAGCAUGAUGGAUGCAAGUGUUCUGUGAGGAUGAGAUGUGGUUGUGGCCAUAUAUACAGACUGAACUUCUUACGACCGAAAA